CUCUCUGGGUGUCCCUGCGUCCCACCCCCGUGACAUUGUCCCCCUUCUGGGGUUUCCCCAUCCCUGUCCUCGCUGCAGGCGGAAGGAAGGACUGGCAGCCGGGCUGUUGUGGGAAAGGCCACGGGGUCUCCACUUCUCUCUUUCGUGGCCUCCUCUCCCGCCCCCGCGCUCGGGGCCUCCAGAGCCCUGCUGGCCACGAUAGGUGAAGGGACGAGGGCUCCUUCGCCACCACCACCACCCCAGCCUCUGCUCAGCUCGCCACUGCCCCAGCCCCCCGCCGGGUGGGGGAGUCAGACCCGGGGAAGGAGAAGUUGGGGCUUCGACCGGGGGUUGUGCUUCCCUCGCUGGUGGGACUCCAGUCUCCUGCCUCCCGGAGGUGCCCCCGGCCUCCUGAGGUGCUCCCUGGCCCUCUCGACGGCAGAGCCUGCGGAGUCAUGGCCUCAAGGCUUCUGGUGCUCGCCCUCUGGGUGGGCUGCUCACCCUGCAGCGGGAGAGAAGCAGCCCCCACCCAGCCCAGGGUGCGGUGCUGGGCGUCUAGGUACCCAAUCGCCGUGGACUGCGUCUGGACCCUGCCCGCUUCUCCGCACCCCACCAGGCCCACAUCCUUCAUGGCCACGUACAGAAAUCUGUGGAAUCUGCACCCUAGCAUCUCGCAGUGGGUGUUACCCCUGACCCUGGGUCAUCACAGGCUCUGUGAUGUUGGGGUGAACGGCUCGCUCAGGGUCACACCCAGCCAACAGCAGGAUCCCAGUCCGUGGUCCUCAGGUGCUGUCCACAUGGGGUCCAGGGCACAGACGGGCCGGUACGAAGGGCUCAGGCCCUCAUGCUGUCCCUACGUGUCCAGACUGGGCGUGGCCGGCCACGGAGAGAGCCAGCCCUGCCUCCAGCUGACACCAGAGGCCACCCGCUGCACCAUCCCCGACGUCCAGAUGUUCUCCAUGGUGCCCUACAUACUCAACGUCACGGCCGUGCAGCCCCGGGCCACCAGCAGCAGCUUCCUGCCCUUUGUUCCGGAACAUAUCAUCAAACCCGACCCUCCGGAAGGCGUCCGCCUGAGCCCCAUCCCUGGGCAGCGGCUGUGGGUGCAGUGGGAACCGCCCCGGUCCUGGCCCUUCCCAGAGACCUUCGCACUCAAGUACUGGAUCCGAUACAAGCAUCACAGAUCUGCGCGCUUCCGCCAGGUGGGGCCCAUUGAAGCCACAUCCUUCACCCUCAGGGCCAUGAGGCCCCGGGCCAAGUACUGCGUCCAGGUGGCGGCUCAGGACCUCACCGACUAUGGGGAGCUGAGUGACUGGAGUCUUCCCGCCACCGCCUCCAUGAUCGGGGACAAGUAGGGGGCUUCCUAGGACCCCCAGAAGAGGGGCUGGGUCCCUGACGUCUUCCCCACCCCCACUGCUGCGGAUGGGACCCAAUUGGCCUGCAUUCACUGAUGCCGAGUUGCUUGGCAACUGUGGACAAACGACUUUGCUUCUCUGAGCCUCAGCUGGUCAAUCUGUGAAAUGGGUGUGUGCUUCUUCCUUAGACCGCUGAACAGGGCUUUUGUAAACUGGGAA